AUGCUGUUCCUCUUAUUUCUGAUAUUACCAUCGGUUCUUACCCAAAACUGUUCACACCAUUUUGAUGGGAUGGACUACACGAAGACUGCAAUCCUCACAAUAAAGGGAUUGCCAACAAACCUAGUAUUUAAUCCAGCAAACAAAGACUUACACUUCACUCUAAUAGACCUGGAAAGUCUACAGGAUGACCAUGUUCAGACACGAAUGGAGCAAUACCUACUACGAGACAACCAACCAAUAAAAAUUGACAAUGUUAACGGUCAAGCAGCAGCUAUAGAUGUAAAAAAAGAAAGGGUUUACUUAGCAGCUGAUGACGGAUUGUACUUUUUAAACAGUUCUGAUAAAGCGGAAUUCCUAAGCAACAAAGAUGAAGACAUAGUCCAGCUAUUCAAACCAAAUAAUACAGAUAAAUUAUACGCCGUUACAUUCCCGGAUAACGAAGUAUAUGCUAUUGAUGUAGAAAAGAAUGAAAAACAUAAAUUAGAACAUGUUCCUUGCGCUUUCAUUUUAGCUGCUGAUGAUGGCGAUAAUAUCUACUAUGAAUGUGAUUCUAAAUAUGUUAAAAUGUUGCUUAAAGGCUUUCAAGAACCGAUUGAAUUUGUCGGUAUUCAGAAAGACUCUGCGAGGUCCAUGGCUACUGAUAGCUAUGGGCGAGUUAUUUUGGCUGCAAAUGAUGGACUUUAUUUAUUAAGACCAACGAAUUUAAUACCUACUAAGCUCAUGGAUUUAGAUUAUGUGCCAGCUGGGUUGGCUUUUGAUGGGGAUACUUUUUAUCUAUCUUCGAAUGGUAUUAUCUACAGCGAUUCAGUGGACCACAAGGAGCGCGUAUGUUUCAUCAACCGAGAGCUGAGCAGGCGGAUCUCAAGUACACUAAAUGUUGGUCAUGAAACUAACUCUACAAUGACAAAGCUCACAACAGUUCUUCCAUUAAUCGCCAUUUUGAUCCAUGGCUGCUACACUGAAAAAUGUGAAAGGAUCAAGAUUGGUAAUGAAUACUACAAAAGACAGCUAAUCGCCACCAUCGACGGCUUCCCAACAGGAAUAGUGAUAGACCCCCUAACUGACAACAUUUUUUUCAUACUACAUAAAAGGAAUUAUACGAAAGGAAUACAUCUGUUAAAACAUGGUUCUCUAGGCAUCAAAGAACUACCAGUUUCUGAUGAUUUACAGGGGCAAUGCGUAGCUGUGGAUGCAGUCACUAAUACUAUAUAUAUUGGCACAAACCAGGGCUUGGUGACAUAUGAUUAUUCGAGAACGGAAAUCACAGCUGAGAGACCGAUCGGAGACGAUGACGUUCGGAGUAUAUUUAUUGAUAAAAGUGACAAUCAAAUGUAUAUUACGACUGGACCUAAUCAUGAUAUCUUCCGAUUUGUAAACGGUUCUGCAGCAGUUAAAAGAUGCGAGAGGGUUCCGAAGGCUUACAGUUUCGUGAUGGACAGUAAAGGCAACGCUUUCUAUGAGUACAUCGAUGGGAGACUUUAUUUUUUCUCUGUAGAUUUCUACGAACCGAUACAGUAUAAAGGUUUCACUAGAGAAUUGAAAUACAUCCUUCAAUUAAACAAUAAUGAUGAAGCAAUCGUCGCCGUCAAAGGAUCAUUAUUUAGAUUAUUCACGAAGAGUAUUUUGCCUGUAAAGAUUGGUCAUUUAGGAUUUAAAAUAACGGGUAUGGCAUUCGACCAUAAGAAUAAUAUACUAAUAGGCACUAAAGGAAAGAUCUAUAGGUACAAACCCAUUGAAUCGAACGACCCGUGUCCGGCCGAUGACUAUUUCAUGUCCAGCAUUUAA